AUGGGAAAAGUUACUGUUAGUUGUUUUCCAUACUUAAGGUAGGUCAGUGACAUUGCGUAAGGGUAAGGAAUCUCGGAAAUACUUCAGUCAAUGUUGUUGUUUGCCUACAUGUAGCAGUGCCGUAUUUCUUCAGUAGCUUAUGUCGAUUUUAAUUUGUUUGAACAGCUGUCGAUGGAGCUUUUUGUGCGCUGUCUUUUAUUAUAUUUCAGUAAAGUAUAAAAUACAUUCUUUAUAAUAAUGUAAAACUAAAAAAUCUUGUGGAGAUCGUGUCCAAAAACAAAGUUAUUUUGCAACCCUUCGUUGUAUGCAUGGAAAUACUCCCCCGCAAACCUUCUUCUCUUGUAUUCGUUACGUCUUUGAUGGUUAGGUUACAAUUUGUAGAGCAUAAUUUUGAAGUGGCUCAGUGCCCUUUCUCUAUGCAGAUACAGUAAAUCGUUAUAAAAUCAGUUACUGAUCAUAUCUUGACAUUCUAGACCAUUCUACUGUUUUUGCAUAACAUUCUACUGAUCUGUCAAGAUCCAGCAGGUUACUUUAAUAGCAACGGGCAUGCAGUAACCUGUGGAAAGUGAAAGCACGCUCUUGGUAGAGUAUAAGGUGAAUCAAAGUGUACAUGAGCCACUAAAUCAGGAGAGUGACCAAAGUCCUUAUGUCACCUGAUAUACUGUAAAAUUAAUGAUCUUGUAGAUUCCUGGGGUUUCUUUUUGAUUUUAGGAGCCCAAGUGGGUCCAUUUAAUAGAUAGGGAGCAUUUAAAAGAGAGAGCAAUUUUAUUCUAAUACUCCACAAAGCUAAUAUGCUUUUGACAAAUAUUAUCAUCACAGUUAAUAACGACUAUCCAGUUUAUCCUUUGAGAUGUCUGGGCAGUUUAGAAAUCCUUAUUUUUUUUAAGCUCAACUUUGAUGUCAGAAUCUUUAAUUAAAACCUGACAUUAAACGAUGUAAUAUGGGUAAAUUCUUGUUAAUCAAGCAGGAAAUUGAAUAAAUUGAAUUAUUUUGCUCUAUUUCAUUAUUUCUCAGUAUUUUUGAGCAAUUUUGUCACGUGAGGCAUCUAAUAGACAGCAUGUUUUUUUUGGAGAAGGGUAACUAAUACCAGUGUACAAGGUAUUUAUUUGAGGCAAAGUACUUAUCAGGUGAGGCCUUAAAGCUUCCAGGAAGAAUGCCUAGAUCAGGCCCAGUUUUAGCAGCUCUCAGACAUCGAUCUUCUCUUACAUGAUUGCACUAAAACUGGGCCUGCAACGAAACCUCACAUGCCUGUGCUACAGUGACCAAAUUCUGAUUGCAUGUCCAUGGUGUAGUUUUUGGGACUAUGAAGAGGUUGUUAGCUAACAAGGAAUAUUUUUAUCCAUCUAGGUUUACCAGGCAUGAUGUGAUCGCUCUGUGCCUUGCAAUUUUCAUUCCAGUGACUGCUAUAGUACUUACUUUGGUCGCAGUUCUGCCGGCAUUAGGAGCACCUCCCUUGCCUAACUUUGAGGACCCCAUUAAGGUAUUUUAGUUACUGAUACAGUAUAAAUUAUGUUACAGUGGCAGGUCCAGGGGAGGAGCUGGGGGGGUUUGGCAACUCCCCGCUUAUUUUUAGACCAAACUAAGGCUAAAAAAAAAUUGUUUUUUGAGACCGACCCCCCCCCCCCCCCCUACCAAAUUCUGGGCUGCCGCCCCCAACCCCCCACCCCCCCCCCCCCCUCACAAGAACAGGUUUCCCACCGCUCCACUUAUNUUCUGAUACCUUUAGGUCUGUGUAACAGGGAAAUAAUAAUAAUAAUAAUACACAUUAUUUAAAGAGGGUAGCACGGAAAAUAGUUACAGAACCUAGUAACCUUGAGGCCCUCUAAAAAAUGAAUGUUUGUGUUUUUAAAGCUUUUUAAAAAGUAGUGAAGGUCCUCAAGCUUGUUUUAACUUUAACACCAGGGCACAAAUAGUAAGUUUAUAUUUUCUAUUUACAAUAAAACAUUUCACAAGCAAACAGAAGACAAAAAGGAGGAGGUCAACCUUGCAGUAAAACAGAAAUCACUUGAGGCUUCUUUGCAAUCACCCCUACAUGAGGGGCUCUGUGCAAAAACUCCUCCUAAAUAACUUAACUCUCUCUAAGUCAGACACCUUUGGGAUCAGCCCUAAGUCUCCAUCUUAGAAAGAUGUCUGUCUUAUAGAGAGUCAAAUAAAGGGCGUAAAUAAUUAAAGCAGGGACCAACUCUAGAUGUCUGUCUUAUAGAGGUGUCCAUAAUAUGAAAGAGUUGACUGAGUGUAUGCUUGGCACCGGCCUUAAGUGUCUGUCUUAUAGAGAGUCAAAUGAGGCAGGGACUAAAUCUAGAUGUCUGUUUUAUAGAAGUGUCCAGUAAGCUAGAGUUGACUGUAUUCUGCAAAGUAUGAAAUUAAGGAAUGUUUAGGAAAUAAUUCAAAUGAAACCUCCCAUGUUCAGCAGUUUUGUCGCAUGGCUUCAUCUUUGUUUUUCAGUACUUUACAAAAGUAACUUCUCUUUUUUACAGGGAUUUGAGCCCAGAGGAACAUCACUCAGUAAUGAGAUUGUGGCAUUUUCUAAUCUUGAUGAUGCUUUGGAUAAGAAACAUACACUUGUUACUAGAAUCUCAAGUUACUCACCCCUAGGUGGGGGACCAAUCAUGCAUGACAACGUGCAAACAGCCAGGCGCAAACGACGCUCCCAGCAAAGUUCACUUCAACCUCCUAUGAAUGAAUACCUUAACAGGUAUUACGCAUCAUCCAUGAGUUUGGUUUUCAAAGCUGCAGACCCAGACAAAAACUUAUUUGAGGCAGACAAACUUAAGGCCAUCUGCUCCAUGGAUACUGAUAUUGUACGAAAUAACCCCUCCUUUCCGUCAAAUUGCCAAUCGUACAGUUUUAACGAAUGUUACUCAAGCUCGUCUCUUGGAAAUUAUGUUGCAUUGCUCAAUAACCGACAGACGUGUCAAAAUAUAACUGAGGAUGACGUGCAGAAUGUCAAGAUCUUGUUAAAGACCUGUUCAUCUCAUUUUGUAAAGCAAACUCUCACUGCUGAGUGUUCACUUAUGAAUGAAACUGUGAGCUCUAACUGCAAGUCUGUGCCAGCACAAUGCAUCAAACAUUCUGCAGUGUACAUCAUUUUUCAGUAUCUUGUGGACAAUGAGUUUGUGACAUCAAACGAUGCUUUUCUCAAAUAUACUCUUUCCAUCCCACCAGUACAUAGGGCAUAUGAUUUUUAUGAUGAAAUGUAUGGGAAUUUAAAGGGUAACACCUAUGAAAAAAAUGGUGUAAAAUUAGCAGCCUUCAGGUUUGGUAAUUUCAAAUAUGACAAAUUUGGAAAAGAGCUAAUUGCUGAAGUCAUAUUUCCUGCUUUGGCUAUGAUCGUUGUGUUCGCGAUCAUGUGGUUUUUCCUGGGCUCUUUCAUUCUCACUUUUUGUGCCCUCUUUUGUGUAAUUUAUGCUUGUGGUCUGUCAUACUUUCUCUACAAUAUUGUUUUUGGCAUGGAUUUUUUCCCUUUUCUCAAUGUUCUGACUUUGGUAUUUUUGGUUGGUAUUGGAGCAGACGAUGCAUUUGUUUACUAUGACAUAUGGAGACAAACAAGAGCUGCUAACCCCAAUGCAAACAUCAUGCAGUUGACAAUUAAGACAUUGCGUUAUUCUGCCCUCUCCAUGCUGGUUACAAGUUUGACAACAGCAUCAGCAUUUUUUGCUGGGAUCUCUUCCAGCAUAACAGCCAUCAAGUGUUUUGGAAUAUUCGCGGGUACAUCCAUCUUGACCAAUUACCUCUUGAUGAUCACUUACUUCCCUGCAGUAGUUGCCUUGCACGAGAAAUGGGUGAUGAAGUACAGUGAAGGCCAUGGACUUCACACUCUAAAAUCAGGCCAAUCAGAAGAGGAUAUAACUGCACCAGUGCCACAGGACAUGUCGACCGAUGCCUUAAGGGAAGGAACAUUCAAGCCUGAUAAUCAAAAGCAGUCAUCUUUCUGUAUUCUACAGGUUAUUGACUUUCCCUGCUCCCUUGUAUCAGCAGCUGCGGAUGGUAUCCAAAAGUUCAGUUCCAAUCUGUUUGGUCGUUGGUUGCCAUAUGUAGUUAUCAAAUUUCACUGGGUUUGGGUACUACUGCUUGUGUGCUUGACCGCUGGGUUUUUGUGUGUUAACUUUGUAAAACCGGGCCUUCAGUUACCUGAAAGUAAGGACUUCCAAGUGUUUGCCUCUUCCCAUUCACUUGAACAGUACAGUUUAAAGUACAAGAGUUUCUUUAGGUUUGAGCAGAGUGGAAGCUCAAGCAUAGAGCUAAUCUGGGGAAUCAAACCUGCAGAUAAUGGCAAUUACUUCAAUCCGGAUGACAAAGGAACGCUCGAAUUUGAAUCGAAUUUGGAUGAUCUUUUUACUCGCAAAGGCCAGCAAUUUCUUCUUUCUCUGUGUGAAUCGGCUGAAAACCAGUCAUUUUUCCUUGCAUUUGCUGGAAAUCGGGGGGGCCCAAUAAAGGCACUACAGACAUUAUUUGAAAGUGGCCAUGUUCCAAAUUGCAGCAGCCAUUCAUUUCCUUACCCACGUGAUGUAACUAAGCGUUGUCUUCUGGAAUAUGCCAAGUCAGGACAUGAAACUGGACUUCUAUUUGAUUCUAAGACAAAUGAAGUGAAGGGAUUUAGGCUUGUUAUUUUUACCAAUCAACCAUUCACAAAUGCUUUUUCAGUUGUAGAUGGAUUAUAUAAACAAGUUACUUCUUGGUUGAAAGGUGAAUUGUCUGAGGCUCCCCCUGGCUUGCAAAGUGGCUGGGUAGGAAGUUGGUUGUUCAAUUUUUAUGGCCUACAGAUUGGCCUAUCACAGGGUACCUAUUCAUCCCUGGGCAUAUCUGUGGCGGUGUCAUUCUUCGUCAUGCUGCUCACAACACUCAACAUCUUCAUCAGCAUCUACGCCAUCAUCACCAUCAUUGGAAUCAUAUCGAUCACCAGUGGAUCUCUAGUAUUGGCAGGCUGGCAGUUGAAUAUAUUGGAGUCCAUUGUGAUGUCAGUAGCUGUUGGACUGUCGAUUGACUUUACUAUGCAUUAUGGUGUGGCUUACAGACUGGCGCCAGACAAAAAACAAAGAGAAAGCAGGGUUCGUUAUUCCCUGGUUCACAUUGGAUCAGCGAUUACUAUGGCAGCACUUACAACAUUUCUCACAGGUGAGACUUUCUGUCAUUGUUUUCUCUGGUUAGUACAUAAACUAAAACUAGAGGUAAUCAUUGAUUACGGAUCGGCGUUCGUCACUUGCGGAAACGAAAUCGAGUCGAAAGGAGUCCAGUUUCCCGGCCGAGAUGCCCCUGAUAAAAUCAGUUGGGGCGACUAAUCGGCAGUCGCCCGUGAUAUCUCGAAAAUUUGUGGCUUUGUACCACAGGAACACCAAGAUUAGGAUGCGUUCUGACGACCGCGAUACGCCUGCUAAUACAGCCAUCUCUCAUCGCUUCCCGCCGUGUGGAAAAUUUCGCGAUAGAGACUUUUUUUUGCGUCUUGACGCCAGUCUUGAUAUUUGUGUUGAGAUAACACACUUCAGUAGAUGAUGUGGAUGUCUCCUUAAGUUCCAAUUCCGACGGGUAAAUUGCGCUGAUGCAAUUUCCAAAGUUCACAUUGUUAAUACUGAAUAAGUCAUCGAUAUAUCGAAAGGUGUUGCUGAACUUGAUGGCUUUUGUAAUGUCUUGUUUCAUUGUUUUGACCAUAAAAUCGUACUGAAAGGUAUGAAGGAAGAGAUCAACCAAUAAAGGUACACUGUUGGUGCCAAUGGGUAUACCAAUAACCUGCCGAAAAACCGAGCUUCCAAAACGAACGUAGAUGUUAUCGAUAAGAAAGUCAAUAGCGAGACGAAGCUCGCAAUAACUGUUGAAUAAUAAAUAACUGGAAGAGUAUACGAUGUUGUGCGAUGAACGUAUUUCCAGUAAAUAACCGGGAGAGUAUAAUAUGGCCACACCAACAAUCAGAGAUCCUGACCAAUCGUUUGUAUUCACGGACUAUAAACAGCUAACACAUAUACUAGCCUGCGGGCAGGCGUUUUAAGUGUGAAAGGAAAAAGAGGAAAUUAGGGAGCUUAAGCAAUAACGACGGCGACGGCUACGAGAACAUCAUCAUCACCCAACGUCAAUUUUCGGAAAAAUAUCUGUUCGGAAGACGAUUUGAGAUCUAGAAUUUUCGGAACAUUUGUUGUAAAAUUUCUCGCUCGCAUGCCUCUCCUAGGAUUUUCGAACAUCUGAAAAAUGGUAUAAUUGCCCAUUUUUAACGGAUUUUUACCCUAAAAAAGUCACCUAGAAUUUUAGGGAGCCUUUUUUCUGGCUGAAAUUUUCGAAAAGGUAAGCUUUGAUCCCUAUAAUUUUCGGAUCACUAGACUUUCAGCUAGGAAAUCCGAACAGAUGAAAGAUUUUUAGGGGAUAAAAAUAUGCCUAUAUCUACCGUUUAAAUACUAGAAUACGUUCAACAAUGUUAUGUUUGAGUGGUUUUGAACUAUAUUCUCGUUGGGUGCCCCUGACAUCAGUCAAAAAGUGUGUUCGCGCUGCUUUAAACUUUAUCGUGCGUAUUCCAUCUCGUUCUAUUGAUGAGAUGUUGGCGAAGAAAGAGCGUCCCGCGUUGUCAUAUGUUCACUUCCUCCACAAAACGUGAAAUUAGGCAGUUUCUCGUUGUAAUCGUGCAACGACGGCAAAGAAAUGUACAAAAAAACGUGAUGCACGUGCAAAGUUGUUGUUUUGCCAAUCUAACCCUAUUGCUUUUUUUUCGUCCUCAAUGUCGUCGCCGUUCUCGUUGUUUAAACUCCCUAAUAAGGCGUGCUAGAAAGGUUCCCUCCCUUCUCCUUCCCUUUCGCGCUCUUCAUAAGCUCUCGCUCGUUAGCUCAAUUCUCCCUUUUUUACUAAAGGAUGUUUUUCUUUACUUUAUCAGGAUUGAUGAUGAUGCCAGCGAAGGUGCUUGCGUACUUCCAGCUUGGUCAGUUCCUGAUGUUGGUCAUGGUGUUCAGCUGGCUUUAUUCCACCUUCAUUUUCUUAUCAAUCUGUACAAUGAUUGGUCCAAAGAAUGAUUUUGGACAGCUUAACGUCACUCGUCUGUUUAGGCGCUGUGGUCUUUGCCGAGUCAAACCGGAGGAAUCAACGGAACCAAUAGAAAAGAAUGAGCUUGUUACUGUGAAACAACAAGAAGCCAGUGAUCUGCAGGCUACUGGAACAACAAGCACACUCUGA